UAACACGGCCCAGAGCUCCCUGCUCUCCCCUGUAGUCUGUUUUUCAGCCCUGCCUCGGCCGCUUCCCUUCCCCUGUGCCGCCAUUAAAGCCCGUCAGCUUGUGCUUGGAAAUCGGGAAAAGGGAUAAAAAUGCUUUAAGGCAUCGGAACCGACGGCCGAAGGGAAGGGACGGGACUGGGAGGGGGGUUCUCGCUCCGUGGUAUGUAUGGACCUUCAACCGCCAACUAAACGGCGCCCCAGAGAAGUAAAUAUGCGGCUGGUGUCGUGCAAGUGAGAGAAGCCCGAGUUCGGAUUGGAGUGGGUUUCUCCGUCCAGGGGGGGAAGCUCCGUGUGUUUCGGCUGCAGCGGGGGACUGAGGAGUGUAAACACGGCAAAGCAAAGUGUACUGCUUGCUGCGUGAUCUCCUUGAGGGUGGAUCUGCCGAGCCGAGAGUCGCUCCGAACGGCAGGAAGCCUACCUCAGCGGUGGCGCGACGAUGACCGAGCUGGUUGCCAAGUGGGCCUGUGAAUACUGCACAUACGAGAAUUGGCCGUCAGCCAUCAAGUGCACCAUGUGUCGUGCUCAGAGGCCUAGUGGGGGUGCCAUCAUUACCGAGGAGCCCUUUAAGAGCAGCCCUGCCCUGGAUGCCAGUCUGCAUCAGUGGGACCCUGCAGGCCUCAGCAACAGUCCAUCUCAGGGGGGAUCCAGCUUACUCAUUUGUCCGGACUCCAGCGCCCGACCCCGGGUUCGCAUCGCCGACGUACCCGAGACCAGCAGCAAGUGGUCAUGCCACAUGUGCACCUACCUGAACUGGCCUCGGGCUAUCCGUUGCACCCAGUGCCUGUGCCAGAGACAACAGGCCCAGCAGCAAAAGCUUGGGCAGCAUGCAACCCAUCAAGGACAUCAUACUCAGCAGCCGCGCAGCCCCACGGAAUCACCCCAGACCUCAGGCUCUGGAUGUCGCCCCGCUCCCCCCGCCGCCACUACAGACCCUUGCGAGGAAUACAACGACCGCAACAGGCUCAACACUCACACACAGCACUGGACCUGCGCUGCCUGCACUUACGAGAACUGGGCCAAGGCCCUCAAAUGUGUGGUGUGCGAUCAUCCCAGGCCCAACAGCCUACUGGCCGAGCCCAUCGAGCUGGCGUCGGAGCCCGAGAGCCAGCAACCGUCCUCUAAGGUUAACGAGCAGGAGAGGGACAACAGGAGGGGCGUUGUCGGGCACGUGGUUGGACAGGGUGUUGGAGGUGUGGUGGGCGGUGUCGGCGGUUGUAGCAGCAGCCAGAGGAGGUCGCCCCCAACGUCGAAGCGGGAGUCGGAGGUGAACAUGGACUUUCAAAGGAUUGAGCUGGCGUCGGGGGCUGGGAUUGGGAGUAAAGAGGAGCUCGAGGUGGAUUUCAAAAAACUGAAGCAGAUUAAGAACAGGAUGAGAAGGACUGAUUGGCUGUUCCUCAAUGCAUGUGUUGGUGUUGUAGAAGGCGACCUGGCAGCUGUGGAGGCCUACAAGUCGAGCGGAGGUGACAUCGCGCGACAGCUCACGUCAGACGAGGUGCACCUAUUGAAUCGGCCCUCAGCGUUUGACGACGGAUUCACGCUGGUUCACCUGGCCAUACGCUUUCAGAGGCAGGACAUGCUGGCGGUGUUACUCACGGAGGUGUCCCAGCAGGCAGCCAAGUGUAUCCCAGCCAUGGUGUGUCCCGAGCUAACGGAACAGAUAAGGCGCGAGGUCGCGGCCUCUCUUCACCAGCGCAAGGGAGACUUUACCUGCUAUUUCCUCACCGACCUGGUGACCUUCACCCUGCCCGCAGACAUUGAAGACUUGCCGCCAGCAGUUCAGGAGAAGCUGUUUGAUGAGGUGUUGGACCGAGACGUACAAAAAGAACUGGAAGAGGAGUCUCCCAUCAUCAACUGGUCUCUGGAGCUGGGGACGAGGCUGGAUAGUCGACUCUACGCCCUGUGGAACCGCACGGCCGGGGACUGCCUCCUGGACUCGGUGCUGCAGGCCACGUGGGGGAUCUACGACAAGGACUCGGUGCUCCGCAAGACGCUCCACGACAGCCUGCACGACUGCUCUCACUGGUUUUACACGCGCUGGAAGGAGUGGGAGUCGUGGUAUUCUCAGAGCUUCGGCCUGCACUUCUCCCUCCGAGAGGAACAGUGGCAGGAAGACUGGGCUUUCAUCCUGUCACUCGCCAGCCAGCCGGGAUCCAGCUUGGAGCAGACCCACAUUUUCGUCCUUGCACACAUACUUCGCAGGCCCAUUAUCGUCUACGGAGUGAAGUAUUACAAAAGUUUCCGUGGCGAAACCCUCGGGUACACCCGUUUUCAAGGUGUGUACUUGCCUCUUCUGUGGGAGCAGAGUUUCUGCUGGAAGAGCCCCAUCGCUCUGGGCUACACCCGGGGCCACUUCUCAGCACUGGUUGCCAUGGAGAACGACGGCUUUGACAAUCGCGGCGCGGGCGCCAACCUCAACACGGACGACGACGUGACCGUCACGUUCCUGCCGCUGGUGGACAGCGAGAGGAAGCUGCUUCACAUUCACUUCCUCUCAGCGCAGGAAAUGGGUAAUGAAGAGCAACAGGAGAAGCUGCUGCGGGAGUGGUUGGACUGCUGCGUGACGGAGGGCGGCGUCCUGGUGGCUCUGCAGAAGAGCUCCCGCCGCCGCAACCACCCGCUCGUCACCCAGAUGGUGGAGAAGUGGCUGGACGGCUACCGGCAGAUCCGCCCCUGCGCGUCUCUGUCCGACGGCGAGGAGGAGGAAGACGACGACGACGAGUGACAAAACUGAAGCGGAGGGCGGCGGUCAGCGGGAGGCCGGACUCCUCCCCCACCCCUCUCCUCUUAUACCUUUUCUUUCUUUCUUUCGUGUUUUUUUCUUCUUUCUUUUUUUUUUUAUAAUUUCCUUUCCUGACACGGACAAACUGUGAACGCCUUCAGGAGAGGACCGGGAACCACACACCCCGACCCACCCUCCCUCCACCUUCUGACACGAGUCUGCUCUUCUGGCCGACACGGGCACGCGGACCUCCACCGAGAACACUUUACACAGACCGAACCUGAGACUGACAAACUCCACAGCUGCAAAACACAGACUCUGGGAAAGAAUAAAGGUUUACGAAAUGCAAGCGACCUUUCGAAUAGUUUUGAGUUUCAAUUGUAAAAGGAAAAAAAAAAAAAAAAAAGAGUCUUUAUCCAUAGAUGUAAAUGCAUGUGGUUGUUUAAAAAAGAAAUAAGAGUAUAAGGAAAUAUACCAGCAUUGAUUCAGAGCGAACACUUUCUAUCCGUUCAUAUGGGCACUGACAAAAAGCACACUUCCAAAUUGAAUCUUUUUGACAUUUUUUCCAGUUGUAUAAGAGUUAUCGUUUUGUUUUUGAAUGGGCAGGGACAAAGCCAAUUAUAUCAUUAUCUUUAGAAAACCAGAGAUUGUGUAAUAAUAAAUGAAUUUACUCCUUAUUACUAAGCACUGCACAUUUAUUAAAACAUUUCUAUAUAAAUACAGUAUCAUUGCUUGAAUUGAGGUCAUAUAUGAAGCUCUUGUGAAAGGGACGUUUUUCCCUUUCACAAGUCAAAUCUACACUCACUAAGGUUUAGCACACUAACGUUCAUGUUGGAUCUUUGGUUUACUUUUGUUUUUGAGACUGAUUGAACUGAGAAUAUUUGUGUGUGUGCGCGUGUGUUUUCUUCUCUGAACUUAUUCUACAUAUUUAUUGUUUGGAAAUAUAUUUGAGCUAAUAAGAGCUUAAUGUAUAUUUUUUUUUCUCCUUUUUGUGGUUUUGUUAAUUAUUCUCUCAAUCUCGAUGAAGACGUGUUGCACAGAAACGCUGUUGCUGCGAGGAAAGAACCAAUCAUGACCAUCAGUGAAAAGUUUACUUAGCGUUGUUGCGAGCUAUUUCGUACCUCAUCAGGAUGCCUAAAAUCUGGUGCUUUUAUUUUCCUGGGCAGGCGGAGAUUGAGAUUAAAUGUCGACAUAAAGCCCCCUCAGAGUCACCCUUGUCUAGUCUUCUACUUCCCGUUUGUCGCCCUCAUGGUACACGUCGGUUCACUUCCUCUGUAAACUUAUUGUCAUCAUGCGACCCCAUCUUUUUGAAUGAGGUGAGCGAUUGCAACAUUUAAAACCAAAGCUGACAGAAAAAAAAAAGAAAAAACUGAGUUGUUAUUGUUCCUUUUUUUUUUUUAUUUGCUGUGUUUGCAUUUUGUUCCGUUUUUCCUCGCCAUUGCGUACUGUAACCUCCCUCGUGUUUCAUUGGAGUCAUACACGUUUUUGAGCAUCACCUGUAUGUUGCUUUGUAUUUAUGCAAUAGUUGUGACUAUGAUGGUUUGUGGAUUUAGGCCUGACUUCACUAAGCAGAGUGUAACGCAAAGAAACAGGCAAAAUAAGGAAAAAAAAAAAAAGAAAAAAAUAAAGGAAAACCUUUUUUUGAAUGUCCCACUAAA